AGCUUAGUUUUAUGCUUAGAAGCAUGGACACGUGACAUGACACAUACACGACAACACCAAAAUUUUAAAAAAAUGUAGGACACGAUGUGUGGGGGAUACGUGCAAAAUAUAUAAUUUUGUAUAUUUAUUAUAUGUCAUGUAUGAGGAUAAAUAACUAUUAUAUGUAGUAUAUAUGAAUAUUUAGUUCAAAGUAAUAAUUUUUAAAAUCUAAAAGAGGAGAAUAGGUGGUAUAAAUUUACAUUGUUUUUGUUUUGUGAUUGGAUUCUAAGUUGUUUUAAUUAAACUUGUAAUGUUUAUGUGUGUAUAAGUUUUGUGAAGUGUUUGAAGAGUGUCGUGUUGGUGUCAGACACAAUGUCAGACACGACACAUUACUUUCUUAGAAGUGUCCGUAUUUCUUAAGUUUAAUGAGACCAUUUCAGAUUUCUUUUGGAUUAUUUACUUUUUAGUGUCUUUGCAGCCGUGACAUUUGAUAUGAUUGUCAAUAUUUUGUUUCCCAUUAUUUCAGUUGGAUGUCCAUCUCAUGGUGGUUGACUUGAGUGAACAAAGAAUAUGCAAUUUACAGCAACCCUACCUGUGUUGCAGGCCAACCUUGUCAGUUAGACACCUAUGCAAAUAUGUGGCUCAUCAGAUCUUGUUGCACCCUGAAGAAUUGGAAAUGUGGAUUGUUAAAAAGCUACACUCCAAACUAAACUCUUCAUCCUCUACUAGUGUUGCAAUAGCUGAGUCCAGCUUCAUAGAUCUAUCCAAAGACGAGCUGCAAAUAUUGGAAGAGCACGAAACUUUGGCAGGAUUUCAAGUUAUCUGUGAUUUUAGUCGGGGCCAUCUGCUUAUAGGUACCAGCAAAAGUUGUUAGGUGUUUCUGAAGCUAAUGAUGAUUCAUUUGCAAUUUGAGAAUUACGAAUGAUUAAUCUUUUUCUACCGAUUAAUCUUUUUCGUACAAGGUAGAUAUAAACUAACUUACAGAAGGAAAUUUGCAGUAGAUUUAAAUUGUGAGCAGGUUUAUGUGUUGUAAUUGAGAAUUAUUGGUCUUGGAAGUUGAGAAGUAUACCGAAGGAGUUAAUUUUAAAGAGUGAACAAUGGUCUCAUUUCAUGGUUUUUGAAUCGAAUACAACUUAGUUUAAGCAUUGUUAUUGUUAUUA